CCUCCUCCAAGCCAGCGCACGAAGAAGAAAAGCGGCGCUGAUUUUUGAACUCUUGAAAGAAUGUUCAAACUUUAUCAGACAGGUGUGGCUCUGCUGCUGGAGAGGGAACAAACCAUUUAACCUCUGAUUUUAACAUCGGACGUUUUUACAUUACAUGUCAGCCACAUUCUCAUAGAAACACAAUCGCACAGCAACAGAGAGACACGAUGGAGUCUGUGGUGAACCUGAACAACCAGUUCCAGAGCCUCAGAGCCCAGGUGGAGGGCAUGCAAGAGGGCAUUGAACCACAGUUCCUCCAGAUGGCAUCAAACUUUGAGGAGUGCCGGAAGAAGUGGAAGCGGUCAGGCGACGAGCUGGUUUCCACUAAGGAGGUGCUUGCUAAAACAGAGACUGAAAGGGGAGCCCUGGAGGUCAAACUGAAGCAUGCCCGCAACCAAGUGGAUGUGGAGAUCCGCCGGCGGCAGAAAGCUGAGGCAAUCUACGAGAAGCUGGAACGUCAGCUACAGCUGAUCCGAGAGCUGCUGAUAUCAGAAAACAACGGUAACAGUGUCCACCUGAGUGAGGAGCAGCGCUCCGCCCUGGCCUUCCUCAGUUCCCACUCCCAGGCAGCACAGGCUGCUAAAGCCAACCUCAACUCCAGUCGAAGGUUAACUACCAUUGACGAAUCAGCUUCUUUGCUGUCAGACAUCAGCUACGACCAAACAGACGACUCUCUGGACUGGGAUUCCUCUGUGAUGAAGACUGUGAGAUUGAGGAAGCGCCAGAAACGACGUUCCUCCAGAAAACUCUUAGAGGUUCCUCCACAGGCACUGAAGAAACCUCGCUCCUCUGGACGCACAUCAGAAAGGAUGAAUGAGUCUAUAAUUGCCAAAACCACCAUCACUGUGCCGGUAAAUGGCGGUGCUGUAGAAGCGGUCUCUACCAUUGAAACCGUGCCGUACUGGACACGCAGCAGUAAGAGCGUUGCUCCAGCAUGGGGAGACACAACCACUACUGACCAAUCAGAGACGGCCAGUGAGGCUCCCAGCACAGCAGUCUCAGAUUACACCGCCAAGCUCCGAACCCCCAGAACUAACAACCGAGGAGGAAAGAAGCACCAGUUCAUCGGAAAAACAGUGAUCAAGUCUGAGGUGUGCAUACCAUGUGGGAGAAAAACAAAGUUUGGGAAGAUGUACCUGCGCUGCCAGGAUUGUCGGCUUGUGACCCACCCAGAGUGUCGCGACAGUUGCCCCCUGCCCUGUAGCCCCACAGUGGCCAGCACUCAGAUCAAGAACACAGAGAGCACCCUGGCUGACUUUGCUCCAGCCAGCUCCCCGAAGAUCCCAGCGUUGGUUAUCUACUGCAUUAAGGAGAUAGAACACAGAGGCCUACACGAGGUUGGCCUCUACAGAAUCUCCGGCCAAGAGCGCCAUGUGAAAGAGCUGAAGGAGAAGCUGAUUAGAGGAAAGACUCUGCCUCCGCUUCACAAAGUGGAAGACAUUAAUGUCAUCACAGGUGUCCUCAAAGACUUCCUUAGAAACCUCCCAGAGCCACUGCUCACCUUCCACCUCAACAAAGUCUUCAUGGAAGCAGCCGAAAUCCAGGAUGAUGGCAACAGUCUCGCCAUGCUGUUCCAGGCCAUCGGUGAGCUGCCACAGCCCAACCGAGACACUCUGGCCUGCCUGAUGAUCCAUCUGCAGAAGGUCUCCCAGUGUGUGGAUACUAAGAUGGAUGUGAACAACCUGGCCAGAGUGUUCGGCCCAACUCUUGUGGGUCAUGCUGUUCCUGAACCAGAACCAAUGACCAUCCUGCAUGACACAAGCAGACAACCAAGGGUUAUGGAGCGCCUGUUCUCUAUUCCAGCUGACUAUUGGGGCCAGUUUGCUUAUCCUGAUUAUACUGUCAUCGACAGCUCUCACCAAACUGAAACUCCAGACCACCACCAAGUGAGCAUAUUGGGACCAUUGACCACUCCAGAGCACCAGAUGAUGGCCAAAACCCCCUCCUCCAGCUCGCUGUCCCAGCGCAUGAAGCAGACCCUCUCCAGCACCACCAUAUUUGGGAGCAAAAGCAAAGCGUCAGCUGCCUGUCAUCGCCAGGGCAACUUCUUCGCCUCUCCACAGCUGAAGUAAUGCUAAAGGAGAAAAAAAACACCACCCAUAUUGUACUUCUGGGAUACCUACUGCAAUAACUGAAUAUAGCCAAUGUUCACAUAAUCAUGUGGGAAAACUACUGUGUAAUUUUUAGCAUGUAACUUUUUUAGAACAGACUUUCUAAUCAGAUUUCUUCUUUGAAAAGAUUUCCGCACAACUAUGUUUUUAUAUCUUUGAUUACUAAUGAUUUAUUUUUUAUACCAAAACUGUGGGACAUCUAUAUGAUUGUACGAGGUUUGAAGGCUUUGACCAAGCGACCGUUAUCAACAAUUCACGGAUUGUGCUUUGUGUUUAACUCUUGGGUUUGAUUCCCAAAGCUAUGCAUUCACUUGUGUGCGGCCAUCUUUGAACCUGUGGUUGUAACCGCAGUGACGGGACGGGGCUCGAGCAAACGUGAAGCAAACAGUGGCAUUGGACAAAAGAGGAAAGAAAUGUUGUUAUUGGCCAGUGUCUCUUUGUGUAUUGGUAUUGGUUGUCAUUGUCCUGUAACUGAUAUCCUUUUUUUGUUUUCUUGAUUUUAACAUUUUGUUUUAUAUUUAUAUGAUUGUGUCCUAUGAAGUAUAACAAACAUGGCAAUUUAUAUACUUUACUGCAAUGUUAACACUGAUACAGAAUGGGAGUAUUGUUGCAUUUUGCACAGUCUGUGUAACAAUCCAAGUAAAUGUGUUUUCUACCUGUAAACACACGCCACAAGAGGCUGCUGUUGCACCACUUUUGAUAGGCAAGCCCUAACCAAUGAUCUACUGUAUAUUAUGCACAAAAAAGUCGGAGUUACUGACACUCAUUACAAUCAGCAGAUAAUUGGAAAACUGUAAAUUAUUCCUGUGACCUAGAACAGUUGAGUCAACAUUUUUCUCUCUCACAAACAGAGGUCUGAGAUUACAUCUGUGUGGUCAUCACAAACUAAAAUCUGAUGCUUCUUAAAUGUUUUAAUGUAAAAACUAAUUUGCAUGCGCUAUCAGUAUUUUAAUCACUGUAGUUUUCUUACAGGAAGUGACACUUCCUCUGACUUUUUCCUAGCGUGCUGCUCUCACGGUCACGCUUCUUACAAGCUCCAGAUUUCAGUGUGAUGAUGACAUCCUUAAGUAUGAGUUAUUUAGAAGAGAAAUAUGUAUGUUGAUGAAACCAGAUUCACAGUAUUCAGUCAUUAAAACCAAAUAUAAUCAUGAUUUGCCUAACAAUGAAGACGUUUGUGGUUGUACUCCAGUAAUACUGCAUGUGUUAUACACUCUGAUUCCAUUAUACCGUGUCUCUAAUGUAGUUUAACUAAUUCAGUAACUGUCACUAAAGAUUUUGUGCAAUGAAUGUUAAACAAAUAAGAUCACACAAAAGUUCACAGCUGAGCUAAAGAUAAAACAUCAAACAACUGGUC